AUGGCAAGCACCUCGGCCUAUCGCAGGUGGGAGCCGCUCCCAAAGAUCCUGUGUGGUCUCGCCACGCAUCCAUUUUCACCAGACACUGACCUGCUAGAAUCGUUUACCGUGCCACUAGAAUCACUCCCCGCAGAUGUCGUCCAAAACCUUCAAGAUAACCUCAUCGCGCUCGAGCUUGGAGACGAAAUUUACGUUUUUGAGCAGCUUGGUCACUCCGACGUCAGCUGGUAUCGCGGCUAUGUUGUCUCUACCAACCGUCUAGCAACUGCAGCAGCAAGCGCUAGUAGUCUCAGCGACUACAGCACCUUCCACGUCGUUGGCCAGGAGGCGAAUACCUCUGUCAACGAGGAGCCUCAAGUUUACGUAGGAGUCUUCCCCUCCACACACGUCCACAUUCGCGAACAGCUCGAUGAUGCAGAGAUGCGACUGGCUACAGUGUAUGAACAUGCAAAGAAGCUUGGUGUCGUCGGUGCAACAGGCCCACUGCCUCGACAGAGAUCACAUAUGGAGACCUUGCCCGAAGUUGACGAGUCUAGCUCACAGCCAUCCACUCCGAAUCAGCGCAACACCGCGCAACUUCCUUCCAUCGAGGCAACGAGUCAGGAGAUUGGGAUAAACGGACAGAUUGUCGAACGACCGCCGCCACCGCUACCAAGCCUCAAAUGCGGCGACGAGACGCUGUCAGGUGUACAUGAGCCUUUGAUCGACGAGAUUGCUUGUGCCAUACGCGAAUGGUCCGCGCUCAUGUACAGCUACAUGAGUCAGCGCGACUAUGAUCUCCUCAAUACAGUCAGAGAACAGAUCGAGGUGCUUUUCAUGGCUCGAAAGCAGCUCCUCGCUCAAACACUAUCUGCAGAGGAAGUCAGCAAGUUGAGGAGGGAAUGCGUUGCGCGCCUCGUCAAGGGCAAUGUUGCGCAGGGUCUCGACGUCAUCGUCCGACACCCUGGUCGCGGUGGGCUGGUUGACUUUGACAUCAAUGGCAAGGAUGCCGACCUGGACAGCUGGAUCAGUGGCAUCCGACUCUUUGCUCUUCAGACAGAGCUCGCAUACGUCGAUCAGCAAGACCAGACCUCCGCAGCACCAGCGCCAGGAGGCAUGGAUCUGUACGCCUCGAACGCAUUCGGCAUCACCUCGCCAACCACCAAUAGUGCCGGAGUGCUUGCAGGCAUCUCUAAUGACUACACACGCCCAGGCGGCUUGGCAGGCAGACAAGGUUCGGUCUCGACGAAGGGGCGUGGUCGACUCAACUCUAUUGUCUCGACGAAUGCCCAUGGUGCAGAUCAGCUUGCGGCGGCCAAGUACUUCCAUGUCUUUCUCGAUCUUCGCGCCUUUGUUGCAACACCAUGCACCGCCGGCGAGACUGUAGAACUCUACUUUUCGCUCUACAAUCGUGCCGAGUCACGAUUCUUGACAGAAGAGUUCUGCGUCAUUCUCAAUCACCGUGGUGUUCCCGUCAAAGACUCGGGCGGUCAGCUCGGCAAGAUGCGCGCUCUCUUCACAGAGCUUAGUGCUAGCGACAUGCAAGGCCUCAACAUUGUUUGUCGCAUUGUUCGAAACGGUGGCAUGCGCGUUGGGGACAUCAAAGCAACGCCUCUGGGAGCCGCAGGUCAGGAUCAGCUGUACGAUCGCCCCGACAGCUUUGCCGAUCCAUCCAUCGGCAAUACUCCAUCCUACCGAGCCAAACGUAUGACCGGCGACCAUUCCUUCCGCCGACCUUUUGGAUGCGCCGUGCUCGAGCUCGGCCAGCACCAUCACUUCCAGACCGACGUCGCUUCCUCAUCCACAAUGCGAGAGCACACCAUGCCCAUCUUUAUACCAGUCAACGAGGCUGCAUUCAGCACACUUCAUCAGGAAAUCAUUGCUUCGCGAACACGAGGAUUCGAAAAGUCGCCGCGCGCUGACAUGCUGGCCGUCAAUGUCAAAGUCUUCUACGGCGAUACCGCAUCCAUCAUUCGGGAGAACCCUUCCUUGCUGCAGGACACACCACCUACUGCCCGUCUUGGCUUUCCCGAUGUCGUCUUCCCAGGUGAUCUCAGGAACGAAGCGUACAUCAAGCUCUGGAGUGGAGAGUUUUAUCCUCCAGGCAACAAGAUGGCAGGAGGAUCGUUACGUAACAUUCAAGUUUCUGCCGAAGUGCGCACGCGAGACGGUCGUGUAGUUGAGGAUGUCAUCUCUCGUGGUGCCGGCGAGGCUUUGUUGACGCAAUUCGAUAGUCUUGUCUUCUACCAUCAGAACGCACCUACCUGGGGUGAACUGAUCAAGUUGCAGCUACCAUACGACAUUAUGGAGGACUGCCACAUCUUCUUCUCCUUUCGUCAUCGCAGUACCAAGGAAGAGCGUGGCUCCGUCGCAGCCAGCAACGGCGCUGCUGCUGGUAUAAAUGCGACCUCGGCUUCACCGUCUGCGUCCAUGCCAAAGCCGUUCGCUCACGGAUAUCUCCCCCUGUUCGAGUCGAAUCGAGCCUUCAUUCCAGACGGCAGCCAUACACUCUUCCUCUGGCGCACUAACAGGCCUCCGUCUCAGAUCGGACCUGAUCUCUACUUCAACUUGCCACCUGUCACCCCCGCUGGACGCAACCUGAACGACGUGGUCCCUCCCAGUCUAGCUUCCACAGUGCAGCCAUUGCGCGACAUUCUCACGCUGCGUACCUUCCUGGUCUCUACAAAGUACUCGCAGAACGAUGUGCUGCUCAAGCUUCUCAACUGGGAGCGCCUCCUUGCUGAAGAUUUUGAGGAGCUCAGGAGCGUGCUCAACAAGUUCACCUUUGUUGGUGAGGUCGAGAUCGUCAAGUUCUUGCGCGACAUCUUCGACUCGCUCUUUGGCAUUGCUACAAGCAGUAGGAACAGCCGAGGCGAGCUGGACGAGCUCGUCUUUAACAGUCUCGUCACCGUGCUUGGCAUUGUGCAGGAUCGCCGUUUCAACAACUUUCGCGCUACGCUCGACGUCUACAUAGAGCGCCACUUCAAAUUUACAACGGCUCACAACAAGCUGAUCGCGUCCAUGUCCAAGUUGAUGGCAGACCCAUCGCGACCCGAUACCUCCAAGGACCUGCGUGCUGCCAUCAAAGUUUGGCCGUACCUGUUCAAGUUCAUCAUCCAGAGUCGAGAGAAUCAACGAGGUGAUCGCGAUGUUGGCGGAGGUGCGGUGCUUGAUCAUCUCGAAGCUGGCUUCAAACGCGAGCUCGAAGGUCUACUCCGCAGCAUCAAUCAGCUCAUGAGCGCAACCAAGCCGUCUUCCAUCAUCGGCACACAGACACUUGCGCUGCAACACUUCGCGGGGAUCCUGCCUGACCUUGCUCGCGUCUUCACCACCGACGAGCUGGUUCGCACUGCCACUGCUUUUGCUGACAGCGUCUUUAUCACAAAGGGCAAGAUGGCCAUCUGGAAGCUGUUGCACAUCCUUCAGCUCACUCAAGGCCCGCUCUUUGACGAGCAGGCUUCCCGCUCGCAGAUGAUCCCGAGCAUUGUGCGAUGGAUCGGCCCCCAUCUCGGUCCGUACGACGAGGCUGCCCAUGCUCCACCAAAAGCACACGAAAACGCUCGUGACGCCGCUCGAGUAUCCUGGAUCGAGGCAGCGCGACUCGCCAUCACUAUCUUGGCAGUGAUCCUCGACCGCUUACAGGUCAGUCUGGCUACUGGGGGACCAGAUGAGGGCUUGACGGCUGCUCGAGCUGCCCGAACAAAGGUCCGCCAGGAGCGAGACGACGUCGAUUACUUGCUCAGCAUGAUGCCCAAACUCCUUGAGACCUAUCGCGAGCUGUCCAGUCGAGCCACUAUCAGAGCGCUUGAACGCCAUCGUGCUCCAUCAACUACACCUUCGCCAGUUCCAGUCAUCUUCCCUUCCAGCUAUCCAUUUCCACUGGUGGCCAGGCGGCCUCAAGGCAAUGCCUCCGUCGUGCAUGGACCUUCGUCUCGCCGAAACCGUCGACGCGACCGCACAGAGUUCCUUAACUGCGGUCUUGUUGAGAUCAGCGCCGUGCUGAUGGUCCUCAUCGUGCUCAGUCCAAGAAAGCAUCUCUCGAGCUUCUUGGAAGAGGAGCGAGAUCUUGGCGGAGAUGAGCGAAUGUCCAAGAUCUUGUUCGACUUCUUCGAAGUUGCUACGUCGAUUCUAUCGUACGAGACCUUCCCUAGCACUUGGCUCAACCUCAACAUCUUCAGCCAUCAGAUGGUGCUCAAGAUGGCGGACCCACUGGCCUCGGUGAUGGUGCGCCACUUCAUCCCCUCUGCAGAGAGGAGCGAGACAUUUAACACGAACCUCUGGCGUUCGAGCCUUACGAUGCUGUUGACAUUGCUCUCAAGCGACCAACUCGUCAUCGAGCAGUUCAAGCCACAGAGGCGCAGAGCUGUUUGGAGGCUGGCUGGCGACAUUCGUGGCGAGGGCGCUCGAAUCUUUGCAAAGCUGUGGACCUCGAUAGGCUGGCCAGAGAAGUCAGGCGAAGAGUCGACUGACGAUCAGGCAAGCCAAUCGGACGAGCGAAUGAACACGGGUGGCUUCCAGGUCCAGUUUGUUCCGUCACUCGUGGAGCCGGUCCUCGAGCUGUGUCUCUCGCACCACGACGAGCUCAGGACAUGCGCUGUCCGCGUCUUGGCCACUAUGAUCACCUCCGAGUGGCACCUCAAUGGCGACUUUACAGUCAUCGAAGCCGAGAUCAUCGACAAGCUCGACAUCCUCUUCAUGACGCAUACCAAAGGCGACGAGAUCUCGCGUGCCUUCUUCAUUGGUCAGUUGCGGGCGCUCUUCGACAACCCCAACGUCGAUGCAGGUCUGCGCGAGCAGGUCAAUGCAUGCCUCAUUUCCGUGAACCGCUUCCUCGACCUUUUGCUCAGCGUUCGAAGCUUGCCGCUCGAGGAAGGCUACGAAGACGACCGCAUCGCUGGUACCCUCAAGUUGCUUGGAUUCUUGCGACAGGCGAAUCGAGUCACUGCUUUUUCGACGCACGUGCUGCGCCUCGUCAACCUGCAUCUCGAGAAUCACAACUACGUCGAAGCUGCUCUGACACUGAAGUUGCAUGCUGACCUGCACUCGUGGGACAUGGACAGCUUUGUCGAGCCUAUCUCCGAACUCGACCUUCCUCGCCAGUCUCACUUUGCUCGCAAGGAGACUCUGUACAUGCUCAUCCUCGACUAUCUGGGCAAGGGUCAGGCAUGGGAGAUUUCGAUCGAUGUCUGUCGCGAGCUGGCGCAGCAGUACGAGUAUAUUUCGGUCAACUACGUGCGUCUUGCUGAGGUAUUGCAUCACCAGGCCAAGCUGUACCAGAAGAUUGCCACCGAAGAGCGCUCAUUCCCGGCCUACUUCCGUGUUGCGUAUUACGGACAGGAAUGGCCACCUGCGCUGCAGCACAAGAUGUUCGUCUACCGCGGUCAGGAAUGGGAGAAGUUUGCCGCCUUCUGCGAUCGACUUCACGCCAAGCACCCCAAAGCGACCCUGAUCAAAAGCGCUGCGGUGCCAGACGAGGAGGUGCGUCUGUCGGAAGGGCAGUUCCUGCAGGUUACCGCUGUUCAGCCAGAACCAGAUCGCUCCAAAGACAUCUUCACCAACGCCGAAGUGCCUCCUACCGUCCGAGCCUACUACGAGAACAGCGGCACCGACUUGUUUUCGUUUGUGCGACCUUUCGAGAAGGCUGGCGCCUCGUCUACGGAGCAGUGGGUGGAGAAGACGUACUUGCGAUGCGAAGAUGCUUUCCCAACCGUGUUGCGCCGAAGUGAGGUGGCAGAAGUCUAUGUCGUCGAGAUCAGUCCCCUCGAGAAAGCUCUGGAGGAUGUCAAGGCGAAGACGAUCGAGCUCGAAACGUUGGAGAAGAAGUACGUUUCGACCCGCAAGGUUUCGACUGGCAAGAUCAACACGAACAGACUUUCGAUGGCGCUGAACGGUGCCGUGGAUGCACCAGCGAACGAAGGUGUGCCGAUGUACAAGCGUACCUUCUUCACUGAAGAGUACCUGGCCUCUCACGCGGAUCAACAGGAAGUCGCUGAUGGAUUGAGAGAGGCGAUCAACGCUCAAGCGAUGGUGCUAUUCCGUUGCAUUCGCUUACAUGCCCAGCUCUGCCCUCCCGAGAUGAAGCCGUUCCACGACACGCUGGAGCGCUUCUUCAUCCAAAACUUCAGCGAAGAGAUUCAGCGUCUCGAUCUGGAUCUCCGCAUGUUGGGCGAAGCAGGAUCUGCAUCGCUUGAACGCACCAGUGCAACUGGCGGUCUCGAGGAGGAUGCCAGGAGAUCACCCGAGCGCACGAUGAGCAGAGGGUUCACCUUAGGCAUGGGUGCCAUGGAUCGUGCUAACGCAGGGCCCAGUUUCUCGAACGCUGAUGAAGGACGACAGGAUCUGCAGCCAAGUCUACAGACUGGCUACCGUCGACGUGGUAGUGGUGCUGCGCAAUCUCCACUUCAGCGACACAUCGCCUUCCUGACCAGGCAAGCCGACCCACUGGCACAAAGCCAAGCGGAACCUGCGGCAGUAGCAGCAAUGCCGAGCAACAAUGCCGCCCUGAAUCGAUCUGACUCGACGGCAUCCAUGGCCACAGGCAUCAGCAAUGCAUACGCCGACCGCACCUCUUUAGCACAAGCGGCUAAAGUGCUCCCUCCUAUCACCGAGGAUAUGCUAGGCGGAAUCGCCGACGUGCCCACAGCCGCUCCCGCCGUGUAUGCCGAUCGUCGAACAGCUGACAACGCAGUUUACAGUAAGCAAUCGAUCUCAAGACAAGAUUCAAGCUACUCUAUUGCGGAUAUGGUCUCGAUGAAGGGCGGAAGCAACAAUGGUCAGAGUGCUAGCAAGCAUGGUUCAGGAUCGGGUCCAGGACACCGAUUGAGCAAGUUCAUGGGCGGUGUUGGUCGAAGGAAAGGUUCCAACUCUUAG